UCCAAAGCGAUCGGAGAACAUUACUUCUUCUUCUUGAAUGGGAUUCGCAGCCGCCAUGUUUCUGCAACCUGUGCAACUGAAGCAGCAGCAGAAGAGCUCCUUGUUAGUAUUCAGUAAGCAGAGAAAAGAAAAGAGAUCAAUAGCUCCGGUUGCGAGGCUGUUUGGGCGUUCGAUCUUCGAGGCGUCGAAGCUGAAGGUGCUCUUCUUGGGGGCGGCGGCGGAGGAGAAGCAGCCGGGGAAGCUCCCCAGGACCUACACGCUCACUCACAGCGACGUCACCUCCGCGAUCACCCUCGCCAUCUCCGGCACCGUCAACAGCGCUCAGUUGCAGGGGUGGUACAACAGGUUGCAGAGGGACGAGGUGGUGGCGGAGUGGGAGGAGGUGCAGGGGAGGAGGUCGCUGCACGUGCACUGCCACGUCAGCGGCGGCCACGCCCUGCUGGCCCCGAUCGCGGGGCUCCGCCGCAGCAUCUUCCGCAGAGAGCUGCCGAUGGUGCUGAAGGCGUUCGUCCACGGCGACGGCGCGCUGUUCGGCAACCACCCGGAGCUGGAGGAAGCCGCCGUGUGGGUCUACUUCCACUCCAACCUCCCCGAGUUCAACAGCGUCGAGAGCUGGGGGCCUCUCAGGGACGCUGCGUCAUCGGGGCCCCCGCCGUCCUCGCCGGAGGAACGGCCGCGGCGGUGCGGGCCGGAGUGCGAGUGUUGAUUCCCUCCGUAGAGCUUGAUCACGCGGCACUGUUAGACAUACUAUGCGUCCACGUCCCUUUAGAUUUAUUAUGCGCGGCCACGUCCCUUUAGAUUUUUUAUGCGUCCGCGUUUCUUUCUCUAAUGGUUUAUCAAUUAUUGUAUCAUUAGGUAAAAUAUAAAUUUCAUAUCAAAUUGUUAAA